CCCGCUUUGACAAUGAUAACACUGAUCUCAGAGUUGCUGAAUAUUAUUUUCACUCUGGUUGGGCUGGCAGGAAACACAGUUGUGCUCUGGCUCCUGGGCUUCUGCAUGUGCAUGAACGUGGUCUCAGUCUACAUCCUCAGCCUAGAGGAGUUGACUUUCUCUUCACACUGCUGCCCAAAACAUAUGUCAGCUGUGAUAUGUGCCCUACUCUGGGCCUUGUCCUUGUUACUGAGCAUCCUGCUACAUAUAUACUAUUACUUCUCCUUUAAGUCUUCCUGUUAUCCAUGUCCAACAGUGUCUUUCAUCUCUGUUGCAUGGCUGAUCUUGUUAUUUGUGGUUCUGUGUGGAUGCAGCCUGGCCUUGCUGGUCAGUAUGCUCUGUGCCUCCAUGAGGUCGAGACUGACCAGUCUGCAUGUGACCAUCAGGCUCACAGUGCUGCUCUUUCUCCUCUGUGGCCUGCCUGUAGGCAUCCUUGUGUCCCUGUUGCUCUGGUUCAUAAAUACCAGAGACUUUAUUUGUUAAAUAAAUAUCAUUGCUCUGUAUCAACAGCAGUGCCAAGCCCUUCACUAGCUUCUUUGUUGGCUCCUUUAAGAAGAAUCAGCCUCAGUGGCAGCAGAGAAAGUUCCUUAAAUUGACUCUCAAGAAAGACUUAGUGAGUGUAACUGAGGUGGACAAAAGUAGUUUUCCUCAGGAUAGUGUGGAGAGUCAGGAUUCCUUCCUUUUGUGUUUCUAUUUCU